AUGCCGCCAAAAAUUGGCCAAUACAUCCACCUGGUCGGGAACUUGAAGCCGGGGGCUAAAUGGUUUUGCGUGACGCUUGCCGGAAAAUUUGACUCUCCUGGCGUGUCAUCCAGAGUUUGUGCAAUUUUUGGAAGUGAUGCAAAAAUCAUUUACGAGGCUUAUCGAGGCGAAAAGCGGAUUUAUCAACAUGAGGCGACGAAUCCAAUUUCGGAGCCAGUAAAGACAAAUCCAAAAAUCGACCUCCGCAUCCGGUUCCUCGCGGAAUAUGUCCAAAUCUUUGCGCAACGCGGUGAAGUCGGGAUCUUUCGAAAACUCCCCGAAGUCCAUACGUUCCGAUGUCUGCAGCUAACUGGCGAUGUAAUCAACGCCACGCUCAUGAACGUCGACGGCGCGAGUUACGAGGAGAAUGAGCAAAUAAAGGCUUCGAAUAUCUGCUCGAUUUAUGGGGAUGUUGAGGUUCUCACGCUGAAAGCCGACGGGAAGAUACUUGCUCCAGAAUGGGGCGCGCUACCCAAAAGGCAG